AUGUCUGUCGCAUCCCUCGAUCGCGAACGAUGGGAGCGCACUGAGACGGUCGUCCUCGACAUUGAGGGGACCAUCUCAAGCAUCUCCUUUGUCAAAGAUGUUCUGUACCCGUACGCACUCGAUCGUCUCAGAACGCUCGCACGCGACUCUUGGUCUGAUCCAAGCUUCCAGGACCUCAUCGUGGGGUUCCCUGAGGAGACCAGGACAGAUGCCGAGACACUCAUUGCGCACGUCGAGGAUUUGACACGUAACGACAUCAAAGCAGUGUACCUGAAGCAGCUACAAGGUAAAUUAUGGAAGAUUGGUUAUAGCGAUGGUGAUCUUAAAACACCACUAUUCGACGAUGUGAUUCCCACCUUAGAGGCAUGGAAGAAUGCCGGCAAGACUCUAGUCAUCUUCUCCUCUGGCAGCGUCCAAGCCCAGCUUCAGUUCUUCUCAUACGUCCAAGAUGGCUCCGGCAGCACUCGGGAUCUCAAGCCUCUCUUCUCUGCACACUUCGAUACCGUUAGCGCUGGCUCCAAACUAGAAGCAACUUCGUAUGAGAAGAUCUGCAAAGAGAUAGGCAAACCCACGGCACAGGUGACCUUCUUAACAGACAACGUAAAGGAAGCCGUAGCCGCGACCGAAGCAGGCGUCCACACAAUCGUCGUCGAUCGUCCCGGCAAUGCACCCCUCAGCCCCGAAUCCAAGUCCCAGUUCGCGGUCAUUGAGUCCCUGGCCGACCUUCCGCGCUUGUAA